AUGAGAUUCUCUGCUGUCUUGGUCGCCCUCUCAGGCUUGUUAUGCACGGUCGUUGCGCAGUCGCAAGAUCUUUCGGCGCUUCCUGAUUGCGCUAAAAACUGCGCGCUGGGUUCGAUCCCGAAAUCUUGCAGUGUCAUCGAUGUCAAAUGCAUCUGUACCACCGGCUCUUUCAUUGACUCCAUAAGCUGUUGCAUCAAGGAUGCAUGCUCGCCAUCGGACCAAGAGGCUACACUCAAAUUCGCAAAGCAGAUCUGCGGUUCGGCGGGCGUGACGAACCUGCCCAACUCAGUGACCUGUUCCAGCAGCGCUUCAGGUACUCCGACGCCAGCAGCAUCAACGGGCGGAGCAGCAGCAGCUACUUCUACAUCCGGCUCCGCUACGACUCCUGUACCAGGUUCCGUACCUACUGGGACGGCCAUCCUGUCGAGGCAGAAUCACAACACUGGCUUUGUGGUCAUCGUGGGCGCAAUAGCAGCUAGUAUUGGUAUGACAUUCGCGAGAUAG